AGGAUGGAAAGCAUUUACGCUGCGGAACUACUUUACCGGAAUGCGGGGAAGAUCUCUCACGUUCAGAUCGUAGAUUGCCCGAUAAAUGUAUAACACAUUCCGAUGGUGACGGAAACGUCAGUUUCGAGGAAUUUGUCGAGAUUGUCAGCAACAUCGGUGCGAGCACGGCGGCUCCGUCGGACCAGCAUCAGGAGGAGCAGGAGUUGCGGGACGCCUUUAGGGUAUUCGACAAACAUAAUCGUGGAUAUAUCACCGCGUCGGACCUCAGAGCGGUAUUGCAAUGCCUGGGGGAGGAUCUCUCUGAAGAGGAAAUCGAAGAUAUGAUUAAAGAAGUCGAUGUGGAUGGGGACGGCCGAAUUGAUUUCUACGAAUUCGUUCAUGCUCUCGGCGAGCCCGGAAUUGACGAGGACGAGGAGGACGAUGAAGAAGAUCUGCAAUCUCCGCUAUUCUAAGAUCGCGUUUACUCUCAUCUCUUUGUUAGAUAAGCCAGAGAUCACGAUACGGGCAAAAACGAUGUGCAAUAUCACUUGCGCAAAAUAUUUCCUUCUCUCGCGUUUGCAAUUCGAAUCGCGUGCGAUCGCACCUAACAAACGGGACGAGGCUCAACUUCAACUUCGAGAACCCGUCUACAUUUCAUUAGUCCUCACUUUUCUUCUCAAAUGUCGAAUCAAACUUUUAAUGCUGGAACGUGAACGUCUCGCUAAGCGUAUUGUGAAUAAAUAACAAAUCUGCACCGAGUUACAUUAUUCGCGAAUGAUCGCAAGUACAGCACGAAUUUGCAUUUUUGAUGUAUGCUAAACGAGUCCUGCAAUCAAGUCUUUCUCAAUCGGAGGAAUCCUCGAUGAAUUACGGAGUUCGCAAAUUCAUUCAGCUCCCGAGGUUUUACUGGACUUAAUAGCCGUCAUCAGCCGUCCGCGCGCGCGCUGAUAAACAUUUAAAGAUCGAUUUCUGAAAAUUGAACGCAAAUCCAGCAAAUACGAAUGGAAAAAUUUCUUUAAAAAAAUAUUCUACAAUAUUAUAAAUUAAAUAAAAAUUACACUUACAAUGUAAAUCAGAUAAAUUGAACUUGCACAGCAAUGAAUUAGGAGAUUGCGGAAAACGCUUUUUGCGAAGCGCUUAACGAGUCGCUGAUAACUGCCGCGAGAUGAUUACGGGACGGUCGGUGGCGAAUCGGCGAGAUUUCGCCGCGUAGGACAACGUGAUAAGGCGUUUCUGGCGACGCGCCAUAUUUGCUAAAGCGGCGGAUAAAUCAUCAGCGGUCGGCUAUGGCGACUUUCAUCUCGGGCAACGGAAGUUGGAAAGUGAAGUCUAUGUCCUGCGACAUACGAGCGAGCUGGUGACGAGAGAGAUUUCUCGCGACACGAGAAGCAAGCGUUAAGCGCGAGAAAUGUUAACAUAGUUGAGAUAAAUUAUUCAUUUUCGCACAUAUUCUCGAUCCUAUCGCUUCGAUAUCAGAAACGGCGCGGUGCCUCGUCGCGGCUCUAUCUUUUCUCCGAGGCCGCCCGACGCCGCGCCGGGCAACUUUAACGUGUAAGAUCGACUAGAUCGUAAUGAAUUCCGUCUCGUAAGUAUGUGGACUUUUUCUCGAUUUUACUCUCGUCUAAUACUAGAUAACGUUAUAUUCCAUCUAAAGUAAUCUUAAGAGGAUCAAACGCACCGCAACUUCUCAACGGGUCGCGCCGAAGCAUGCGCGUCGGCGAUGGCGCGAUCGCCGAGCAAACGGGAAGGGAAAAGGGAAGCCGAAAGAUCGCUCGCUCGCUCAAUCCUGAAUGAUUAUGCAUAAUGUCGAAUCGAUAGCACGGAACUUUACGCGGUCUUUCCAAGUUGACGGGCGAGCGAACCUCACGUCGAUCUUCGCUCGCUUUGCUCUCCUCGGGCCUCGUAUUACGUACCUUAAACGACUAUAUCACUGUUACGCCAAUAACAAAGCCGCACGCUGUUUCAAAUAUUUUAAAGGAUUUAAUAAAUCGCUAAAAAACAU